UAAAAAAAAAAAAAUAUGUAUGUGGAUUUCAAAAUUUUCCCGAUCUUAAUUACUUUUCGUCACAGAAAUAUGUAUUAUUUCCCGCAAUAAUUUGUGUACUUUCCAAUUAUAUUACAUCUUCGAUGUAAACCUGUAAAAUAAUUCGAUUAUUAGUAGAGGACUAAUUUAAUUUAAUAAAAAAUAGAUUAACGAAAGUCCGAAACUUGCAAAAUCUUCUAUCUGCUGGAUCGAGAAGAGUGUUUAAACUUUGGAGCUCUCUCUUUAAGUCUCUCGCAUUCGAUUCGAAUCCCACCUUUGAUUUUGUUCCCGUUAGCUGCCGAAGCUUGUCUCCGUCGGUGAGUUUUGCAAUGGGGAAAGUUGCUUCUCUCUGGUAAGCACUCUACUUCCCUUAACCGGAUUGGUUUACUCUCACCCAGUGUCGUCUGUUGCAUUCUACUGCGCUCAAUUGAACCCAAUCGAUAAGCUUUAGGGUUUCGCUUGUGGAACGGUGCCAAAGUAGAGAACUUUGUGUGAAUUGAGCUGCUUUUUCCCUCGAGAAAUGGUUCUACAUGUUAUGUUGGGUGAACUUGUAAGUUUGAAUAUGAGCAAUGGAGUUGGGGAAGGUGGAAGAAGUCAGAGCAGAGAAUCUCACGGCAAGAGAGAGCUUUUUCAAGGCAAUGAUUUCGCUUACGUCUUAGCGAGAAUGGCUGUGGCUCAGAUUUGCGAGAAUGUAGAGGUUAAUGUGUCUCAGAAGGGGGUUAGGUUUAGUGCUUUUCAAGAAUCUGCUCUUGAUACGCUAACCGGCGUAGCGGUUCAGUAUAUCCAGAGCAUUGGGAAGUCUGCUCAGUUUUAUGCUAACGUGGCCGGUAGAGUAGAGGGUAACUCUCUGGAUAUUGUUCAGGCAUUAACGGAUUUGGGAUCUGGUUCUGGUGUUUCAGACGUUGAGUGUUGUCUUGGUGAUUCUGGUAUAGUCAAGGAUGUUAUUCGUUAUACAGGAGAAGCGGAGGAGGUGCCGUUUGUUUAUGCUCUUCCCCGUUUCCCGAUUAAUAAAGAGAAAAGAGGUGCUCCUAGUUUCUCUGAGGUUGGAGCAGAACCUCCAUAUGAACACAUCCCUGUUUGGCUUCCUGCAUUUCCCGAAACUAAUGUAGGCACAAUCGAAGGAAAUGGGCCAUCUUUACCGAGUAUACAGCAUUCUUUCAAUGGUGGUGGGUUAGAAGUACUUAAAUCUCCAAAGAGUGCUCGAAAUUCAACACAAGGAGAAGAAGAAAUGGAAGGUAAUCCGUUUCUUGCCGCACCUCUUCGGUUUGUAGAGAAUGAAGUGUCACCUGUGGUCCGCCUUCUGGAGCUUUCAAAUGAAGUUGUUGGCAUCAGUCACGUUUCUGAUAAGCAUACAAGCAACAACAACAGUCACAUCCCAGUUCUUGAGGCAUCUACUCCAUGUGAUGAUAUCAACAACAAGAACAAAUUAUCUGAAUCAGAGGAUGGAAAGAAGAAAGGUGGUGCAAGACCACAGCAAACUUUGUUGUGUUUCAAGAUUGGGACUUUAAAGAGACCUUCGUGUUUGGCAAUAAAGGGGAGCGUCCAGGGACGUCGGUGGUUUCAAGAAGGUGAAGUCAAGAGGGAGAAGAAGUCAGAAACCGAAGAAAAUGGUGAAAGAUUUGACUUGGCAAAUCUCGGCCCAGAUGUUGUUAUAUAGGUAUUGUCAGAUGCUUUUAGCAUCCUGAGAAUAAAAAGAUGAUUGCUUGGCCUUUAA